AUGAGUAAUCGGUCGAUGCAUAUCGCCGUUGGCGAUACUGCUCCUUCCAUGACGGUGGAGCAGUUUCUGAUGCGUCGCGUGAUGUCGACUCAUCUGCUCAACCAGCGUCUGUUUUCGAACCCGGCGGCGAAGAAGACGCCUGCUGACAUGCCGAACAUAAUCAGACCGCAACCGAUGCCCUCGGACGCGCUGCGGCUUAGGUCGAAGGUGAAGGACCUGUGCUACAACUGCGACGGCUCCCGGCUUUACGUGGCGUCACGUGACACACUCACCGUGCUGGAAACCGAGGGACUCACGGCUCACUGCACGCACUAUGCGAGGUGUACGCGUGUCCUGGUGCAUCCGAAGGACCCGGAAAUAUUCGCUUUGCUGCUGAUGGAGGGAGGCGAGAUCCCUCGUGCCUGCGUGAAGAUAUUUUCGCUGCCGGAGAACCCCGGAGCCGAGCCCAAGCUAAAGUGCACCAUCUGGAGCGGUUUCGAUCAACCGUGGUACGCAGGAGCGUGGUCAUUGGACGGCAACACAAUCGCACUGAUCGACCGUGGCGACCGCCUGCAGUGCGUGGACGUCUCCACGUUCGCCGACUGCGAGCUGCCGCCUUCUUCCGCGAUCUCGCUGGCUACCGAGGUAUACGGCGUUCUGUACACUUCCGACGCUUUGGUCUUGCAGAAGGUCGACGGGCGCAUCGACAUUCUGUCGUCUGACCUGACGGUGCGUGCGUCCGAGCAGGCGCACUCCCACAUCGUGAUGGCUAGUGCGUACAACAGCACUCUUGAUCUGAUGGCUACAGGAGGAAGCGACCACACGGUGCAAGUGUUUUCGUGCGCGGAUGACUACACCUGCAUUGGCACCUUCCCAGGCCUGGAAGGCAAGGUCAGCAGCCUGAGCUUCUCCCAAGACGGUGUGCUUCUAGCCUGGGGGACCAAGGACACGCUGUACGUCAGCGGCGACAACUCCAGCCUAUCGGACACAGCACCUACUGGAGAUGAAUACUACCUGACGGUGGCGGGUACGGAUCCUUGCGAGGUUUAUGUUCAGGUUCGCAUGCCAGUGGCGGUGACCCACGUCCAGUUUUCUCCCUGCGGUUACUUCAUCGCGUAUGCGUGCGACUUCGACACGAUGCCCAAGCAAACUGGCUCCACUGGUGCAGUUGGAAUCCUUCCUGCCUUCCGCAAUGACAGUUGUGUUAGGGGCCCUGAUGACGUCUUGACGGUAUCUCCCGAAGUGGAUGCACGAGCAGAGUCGUCUGCACUGUCUAAUGUCAUCAGUUCCGCCCCUCGACCUCUCAGUGUCGUUGUGCUUUCGGACUCUCCCGGUGAGCUUGAGAAACUGCGUUCCGAUGUGGAGAGCGUGUUGCGUCUAACGCGCGAAAGACAAGUGGAUGCUCGGGAUCUCGGCGUGACUCCACCGGAGAUCUCUGUGAAGCCACCCAAGAGUUCACCUCAGCCGGACACCACCUCCAGAUUGCACAUAAUAUCUGUACAUUACCAGCGUUACACGAGCAACAUCCCGACGCUGUUGAUGUAUCUGCUGGCUGUUCCACAUGCAUGCAAGUUGUGA